CAAUGUCAAAUCAGCUGUCAGCUGCUAAGGAAAAGGCAGCAGCAAUUUUGUUUCUUGUUUUCUUGGAAAAAACUGAAUUUUCUUUUAAUAUAGUGCACGAUUAUUUAUAAUUAUGGCGACGUCUAGUGAUACUUCGGAUCAACAAAACGUGAAAUCCCGGCGUCCGGCUGAGUCUGCCUUCAAGCAGCAACGCCUGCCUGCCUGGCAACCUAUACUCACUGCUGGGACCGUUCUGCCUACGUUUUUCGUGAUCGGGAUCGCGUUUAUUCCUGUUGGAAUUGGCUUGUUGUACUUCUCUGAUGAGGUGAAAGAGCAUGUUAUUGACUACACCUACUGCAUGAAGGAAGAUGAUACCAUGACAUGUGCUGAAUACAUCAAAGCCAACGCCACUGAGCCAUGCUAUUGUACAGAGAAGUUCAAUCUUACAGAGGACUUUAAAGGCGAUGUCUUCUUUUACUAUGGCUUGACUAACUACUACCAGAACCACAGGAGAUAUGUGAAAUCUAGGGAUGACACACAGCUCCUGGGCCGUCUCUCCAAGACCCCGUCGUCAGACUGUGAGCCUUUUGCAUACGCCACUGUAGGGGAUGUCAAGAAACCUGUGGCUCCGUGUGGUGCUAUUGCCAAUUCUUUGUUCAAUGACUCGAUGUCGGUGUUCUCGGUGGAGCUGAGCAAGCAGGUGCCGGUGUUCCGCACCGGCAUCGCCUGGAACUCGGACAAGGAGAUCAAGUUCCGCAACCCCGCUGGCGACCUGCAGGCUGCUUUUGCCAACUUUACGAAGCCAGUGAACUGGGCUAAGAAUAUUUGGGAGCUGGACCCCGAAAACCCUAGCAACAAUGGUUUCCAGAACGAGGACCUGAUAGUGUGGAUGCGCACGGCGGCGCUGCCCACGUUCCGCAAGCUGUACCGCCGCGUGGACCACUCGCAGGUCGGCUUCAGCACCGGCCUCGUGCGCGGGCCCUACACCCUGCGCGUGCAGUACAACUACCCAGUAACCGACUUCGACGGCACCAAGUCCUUCGUGAUCUCGACCACGUCUCUCCUCGGGGGGAAGAACCCGUUCCUCGGCAUCGCCUAUGUGGUGGUGGGCACCGUGUGUCUGCUGCUCGGGAUCAUACUGCUCGUCAUACAUGUGAAGUGCUCCAAGAGAUACCCUCCCCCCCUCUCUCUAACCGUCCCGCUGUUCCUGGACAGUCCGAACACUAACAACACGCCAUCCACAACGGAAAUGAUCAACGUGAACCCCCGAACCCCCUACUCUUAAACAUCCAGCGGCAAAUUAAGUGAGAAUUGUUUUAAUUUAUUUAGUUUUACUUUUUUAUUGUGAUAUGAAAUGUUGUUACAUAUUAUACUUACGUAUUUUUGGUUUUGUAACCAUUUGACAACAGACUUGACUUCAGUGUUAUUGCAAUGGGGCCGAUUCUGAAGAAACAAAAUAAGAACAUUAAAAAUUUAAUUAAGGAUAUGUUUUUUUUCCAUGGGGU